UAAAAUGCUUUAAGUUGUGCUGCGCUGUGCUCCGUUGAGUUGAAAGCAUCACGUGAGAAUAGGCAACGAAUUAAAUGAUAGAUUAAAUCAGAAUUCAACCAUCUCUUAGGAUACAACCUCAUUUGCCGACACCAUCCUCAAGAUUUCUUGUUUUGGGCGAAGGGCGAAAACUGUUAUUAUAUUCACACGUCGUUAUUAACAUACCGAUUUAGCGGUUCCGGUAGAGAGAUGUUAUCCAUUCUUCGAAAAGCGCGGCUGAAGGAUAAGGAGAUGAGGAUCCUUAUGCUGGGCCUUGAUAAUGCGGGCAAAACUACGAUCGUCAAAAAGAUAAUGAACGAGGAUGUCAAUACCGUUAGCCCGACCUUGGGCUUCAUUAUUAAGACGAUUGACUAUGACGGAUAUAAGCUGAACAUAUGGGAUGUUGGUGGACAGAAGACGCUGCGAUCAUAUUGGCGUAAUUACUUCGAGAAGACGGACGCCCUCAUAUGGGUCGUCGAUGCGACGGACCGUCUCAGAAUAGAUGACUGCCGAGAAGAGCUCCACGGUCUACUGCAAGAAGAGCGUCUUUCAGGAGCCAGUUUACUCAUUUUCGCCAAUAAGACCGACGUACAAGGCUGUAUGGAUGAGACUGAAAUACUAGAAGGACUCCAGCUCGAAGCAAUUAGGACGCAUCGAUGGCAUAUCCUACGAUGCAGUGCCAUGACGGGUCAAAAUCUAAAGGAGGGAUUGGCGUGGGUGGUUGAGGAUGCUAAAGCGAGAUUGUUCUUAUAUUAAGGGACAUAGCUGGAUAGGGGAUAAUAUCCAUAGGUAUUUCGUUUGAUGACGGAGAGAGAGACGAGAUAGACGCAUUAGCAGAAAAGAUUAGGUCUAGGUACCUAAUGUAUUAUAUCGAGGCACACGACAUAAAAUUUUACAAAUGAAAUGUGAUAGACUGAAAAGCCUUUUUGUCAUUGAUCAUUUUUGAGUAUAAGUUAGGUUAGGUAUCAUACG